CUCUGCGCAGCCGCAAGUACGGUGGCUCGCAGGGCUCAGUCCGCGCAGCCGCUGACGAUGGGAGACGAUCUCUGCGAAGAGCUCGAGGAUUUAGUUCAUUUCUCGGUGCACGACCUGCCGGCGCGAGGCUAUGUCGUCAUGGAGGAGAUCCGGCGUCAGGGCAAGCUCUGUGACGUCACGCUCAAGGUGGGCGAUCAUAAGUUCAGCGCCCAUCGCAUCGUCCUGGCGGCCUCCAUCCCGUACUUCCAUGCCAUGUUCACCAACGACAUGGUGGAGUGUAAGCAGGACGAGAUCCUCAUGCAGGGCAUGGACCCCAGCGCUCUGGAGGCUCUCAUCAACUUCGCGUACAGCGGCCACGUCGCCAUCGACCAGCAGAACGUUCAGGCUCUCCUGAUCGGCUCCAGCUUCCUCCAGCUGCAGAACGUCAAAGACGCCUGCUGCUCCUUCCUGCAGGAGAGGUUGCACCCGAAGAACUGUCUGGGCGUGCGACAGUUUGCGGAAACCAUGAUGUGCACGACGCUGUACGACUCGGCCAACAGCUACCUCCACCAGCACUUUGUGGACGUCUCCCUGUCGGAGGAGUUCCUGGGCCUGAGGACGGAGGAGGUGCUGGAGCUGGUGGGCUGUGACGAGCUCAACGUGAAAGCAGAGGAGCAGGUAUUUGAAGCAGUUCUAACGUGGGUUUAUCACGACCGGGACCGGCGGGAGUCCCUGCUCCCGGAGCUGUUGUCAAAGAUCCGACUUCCUCUGUGCCGCCCUCAGUUCCUGUCGGACCGGGUCCAGCAGGACGAGCUGAUCCGCUGCUGCCACAAGUGCAGGGAUUUGGUCGAUGAAGCCAAAGACUUCCACCUCAUGCCAGAGCGGCGUCCACAUCUGCCCACCUUUAAAACCCGACAGAGGAGCUGCUCGUCCAUCACAGGACUCAUCUACGCUGUUGGCGGUCUGAACAGCUCAGGGGACUCCUUAAACCUGGUCGAGGUUUUCGAUCCAUUGGGGAACUUUUGGGAGCGCUGCCAGCCAAUGAGGACAGCUCGCAGCCGAGUGGGAGUGGCCGUCGUUAACGGCCUGCUGUACGCCAUCGGCGGCUAUGAUGGACAGUCGCGGCUCAGCACGGUAGAGGUGUACAACCCAGAGGCAGACAGCUGGAUGCAGGUCUCGAGCAUGAACAGCCAGCGCAGCGCCAUGGGAACUGUUGUGGUUGACGGACACAUCUACGUGUGCGGCGGAUACGAUGGGAAGUCUUCUCUGAACUCAGUGGAGUGCUACUCUCCAGAGACUGACAGGUGGGUGGUGGUGACAGAAAUGAGUGCCAGCCGCAGUGCGGCCGGCGUGACGGUGUUUGAGGGGCGGAUCUUUGUGUCGGGGGGCCAUGAUGGCCUGCAGAUCUUCAACACGGUGGAGUACUACAACCAUCACACCAACUGUUGGCACCUAGCCCCCCCCAUGCUGAACAAGCGUUGCCGUCACGGGGCAGCAGUCCUGGGCAGUCACAUGUAUGUGGCGGGGGGGUACGACGGCUCGGGCUUCCUGAGCGGGGCGGAGGUGUACAGCUCGGCGUCGGGACAGUGGAGCCUCCUGGUACCCAUGAACACGCGCCGCAGCCGGGUGUCACUGGUUGCCACCGGCGGCCGCCUCUUUGCGGUUGGCGGGUAUGACGGGCAGUCCAACCUCAGCUCUGUGGAGAUGUACAACCCCGACACCAACCGCUGGACUUUUAUGGCCCCUAUGGCGAGCCACGAGGGAGGGGUCGGUGUCGGCUGCAUCCCCCUGCCGCCUGCUUAAGCAAACCACUCGAGGCCGAGGGGGUCCCCCCUCUGAAGAUUUCUCUGAGCUGUAUGGGUACGACGGCGUCCACGCCUGGCCUGUGGUAUUGUGGGAAAAACGAGUGCGUGUGUGGAUGAUUCAUGUAGAUUCUGUUGUUGGAAGUGACCAAUCAGGACGGACUUCCUCCAAAGCUGCAGACAGGAGGAGCGUUCUGACACGCCUCCUCUUCUACAACCUGACUGCAUGCGUGGGGAGGUGGGGCUGAAGGGGGGUGCCUGCAGGGGGCGCUGCUACUCCUCCUCAGGCUUUGCCAUGCAGGCGUCUUCAGCAGCCGUCGAGGACUCCUCUGUGCAUCAGCAGAAGAUGGAACUUUACCUGUUUUUAAUUAUUUAUCAGCUGUCUGUGUCUUCCUCGCGGAUCAAUAAAGACGAAGCGUCUCGGUUUAGAA